AGGUUCUAUAAAAUAAACUAAUUAUGGGCUAAUGUAACGUCAUCCAAACCACUUUCUACAGUUAUACAAUGUGCAGCUACUCAUAGAAAUGGGGUUUAUAAUGAAAGUCUACUGUGAUGUAAACGAUUUGAUGCUUUUUACUGUUAAUUAGUGACAUUAAGCACUUGUCCAAUUGAAAGGCUACAGACAUUGACAACAUGAGAUACAGGGGCUAUCAUACACAAAUAAGUUAAAUCGAACUCCCCCUCAACACAUCUGAGUUUGUGAGAGUGAGACAUUUGUCAAUAUAUUUUAACAAUAAAGAUAAAUCCAUUUCAUUAGACAGAAGCUCUGGUCAAAAUGGUCAAGUGAUAGCAGGGAAGAAGGAGGCUGGUGGGGAUAUGGCUGGCUGCAAACAGCCAAAGAAAAGUCAAAAGCAGCACUGGAAAUGGUUCAGAAGGACUUGGCUGAGUACACGUGUACAAUGUCAGCAGAUACUAGUAAAGCUGUGGCUGAAACAAGUGAUAAACUAAAGGAAACACUGAAGGCAGAAAACACGUCAGCUGCAAAGGACCGAUUCAAGACCGGUGUAACAUCUUUUCUGGAAGGCUUGUCGAAAGCUCUGGUGAUAGAGGCAGAAGACAAGAAUGAACCGGUGAAAACCCAUGUCAACUCUGAAGCUGUAUAUGAUAGAGCGAAGGCACGGCUUCAUGCUAUACAAGUGGAUCUCGGAACUUACUGCAGUGAACCCACGGGUUCUCAAGAAAAAUACCAAGAAUGGCAGAAGUCCUUUGACUUGGAGGCAAAGAAAGGGGAGGUUUCAGAGCUACUUGUUUCAAAAGUGGAGCUUCGUGCAUUUUACACAAAACUGGUACCUGCUGAAAUAUCUCAUGCUGACUUCUGGAAGAGAUAUUUUUAUAAAGUCCAUCAACUUCAACAAGACGAAGCUAGGAAAUCAGCAUUAAUGAAACGGGCUGAACAAGCACAGAAGAAGGAAGAUUCCAUAAGCUGGGAAGAUGAUUGGAGUGGGGAUGAGGAAUCUGCUCCAGAGAAAUUAAGCCAUAAACAAGAAUUGAGCGAGAGACUUUCACCGUCACAGAAAAUAUCAAAAGAAACAAGUUCAAACAAUGAAACAGAGAUGAUUAGAAAUGAAGAAUCUGUGAAAAAUGAGACCAGGGUUACAAAUGGAGCCAAUUCCUUAAUGCAGGACACUGGCAAAGAAAAAAUUCCUAGUGAAUCAGUAAAGACUUCCCCAGCAGAUAUACUAGAGACACAGAAAUCAGAGAAUAUACAGGAAAGUGUGCCUGAACAGAUCAAUGACCAAGAAAUCACAACAGAAAUACAAGAGGAGACAGUGGAAGAAAGUAGCAGUCAGGACCAAGUUCACACCACUUCAUGUAAGAGUGAUGGAAAGGAGUCAACAUCUGCUGUCAAGGACAGUAAACCAGACCUUUGCACACCUGUUAAAGACAGUAAGCCAGACCUUCCCAAAUCUGAAAUGACUGAGGAGGAGGUCAAGACCAAGGAUAAAGGGGACAUGGUGGUGGUCAACCCUGACAGAGUGACCCCAUCAUCUGAUUCUAAUAAAGAGAACAGCACAGACGAUGACUGGGAGAGGGAUUUUGAUGUGGAGUUAACAGAGGAAGAACUGAAAGCUGCAGAUGAGAUAGCCAAAAAACUCAACCUGUCAGCAGCUGACUACACAACUAUAGCUGGAGAAAUGGACGAGGACUGGGAGAGCUGGGAUUAAACUGAAUGAUCUUGGUUUGAACGCCUUGUUAUGAUUUUGUUUUAAAAUAUAUUUGAACUGUGAAUGGGUUUUAAAAAUGCAUUGUAUAAUUUUUGCACCAGAACUCUCAUUAUUAUAUGUAUCAAUUCAAGUAAUACAUGUAUCAUUAUAUGUAAAAUAAAUUCAUUCUAAUUCAUGUAUAUUGACUUUGCAAAGUGCAUUAUGGAUUUUAAGGAAAUUUGUCUUGUGUGAAAUCUUGUUACAUUAACCAGUUUUAUGAAUUAAAUUGAAAUAAAAAUCUGGGGGAAAGUUUAAAUCCAUGCACUGUCUUUUUAUAGAAGACAUGGAUGGAUAAUUUCUUUCCAGAUUUAUAUUUCAAUUUCAUUAAUAAAACUUCAGAUUCCUGUGCAUGAACAGAAAAUUUUUCCACAUAAAAUAAAACUGCUUAAUUAUCACUGAACCUUUUCUUCAUUUCCAUCUUAUUGUUAUAAUAAUUAUCUUUUGCUAUCAUGUAUCUAUUUUGCGAAAAUACUGUAUAUUUAAAAAUGGUGAUGCCAGUUAAUAAAGAAAAACAGAAAUGCUGAGUAGAGAAA